AUGGUGCAUCCUAAAAAAUCUAGUAAAUCAAUUGAAACCAAGGGCACGAAAUCUUGGCCAUAUUAUGAAUAUUAUGUGGGUGAAAAGGAUCCAGACAACAGAAGAAGCGGUUACGGUGUAAAUACCUGGAGUGGGGCUAAAUCCCUAGAAAACUAUGAUGGAAACUUUAUCUGUGAUACGAUGCACGGUUCUGGAGAGUAUCGUUGGAGAUUCCAUGGUGAAGAUGGGAUACCUUGCACAUAUGAAGGGUAUUUUUAUAAUAAUUGCAUGCACGGAUAUGGACUAAUUUCCUUUCCUGAUGGAAGGACUUUCCGAGGAUUGUUCAAUAACAAUAUGAGAUGGGGUCCUGGUAUUCAGUCACAUACAGCAUUACGAGAUGAUGUAGGCCUCUGGAAAGGCACUCAAUUGAUAAGACUGGCGUGGCGACCGCAAGCACCCAGUGUAGUGCCAGACUUCACUUCCAAUAAUAUAGGACGGAUGAUCGUCGAAGGACAUAGGAAAUUGCUUACAAAUACUGUGACACAUAUAGGAGAAACAAAUUGUGCGUUAGAUCUUUUAAAAAAUUGUGGCGCGGAUCCUCGUCUUGCUGUAGAAGAAUGGAAAAAACUGUAUCCAAAACAUUGCACGGACCUUGCCAGCCCACUGUGCCAGGUUGAAAUAUUCAAUCGUGAUUAUUAUAAGGACCGCAUUGAAUCUUUGGAGGAAGUCAAUAACAAUGUACAAUUUGAAGACACCCAGGAAAGUUUUCAAAAAGAAAAAUUGUAUGCUUGGAACAAUAGCAAUAUUAUUAUAAACAUGAUGAAACAUUGCUAUGAGCAUGAAAAACAAAGAGAUAAUUAUGAAAUUGAUUUAAAUACAAUUUUAUCUGGCCCACGAAAACUUUUCAAAAUGGCUGGCGCACAUGAAGCAGAUUGCAGAACUUUGCUUUUGACAAGCUAUCUAGGUUACAUAGCGAACGUAGCAGAGCUCAUUAAUAAACAUAAUGUAAACCCGAAUGUAGCUGACAUACAAGGAAACACAGCAUUAAUGUACGCAACAUGUGGUGAUCAAGUGGAUACAAUAAGCUUUCUUGUGGACGCUGGAGCAGAUAUCGAUUGCUUCAAUGAUUCGUGCUGCACAUCAUUAGGUGUAGCGCUGAUGCGGUUCACCUGUGCCGUCAACGAUGUACCACCCAACUUAAUUCAACAAAGUUUGCUCCCACCUCCUAUCGUACCAGCCCCACCUCCUACAGAACCAAGAGCUUCUGAAUGGCACCUUUCUCGCGAUCUUGCAUCCCAAGGUACCACUGUAACCUUAAUAAAGAGCUCAAGCAAGACAGUACGAAGCCUCAGUCAAAAGAAAGUAAAAUCUCAAAUGUCUAUAAAAGAUCAAAAUAUGGGAAGAAGGAAAACUGAAACAACGUCAGUGAAAGCUCCAGAAACAGAAUAUGAUUCUGAUGAUUCACUAUCAGAGAAUAAGAAAGUAUAUAGUAAUGCUAACAGAGAAUUUACGAGUAAAGUAAAUGAUAUUUUUCAACAACCUAAUACAAAUCAUACAGUUCCAUAUUUGUUUGAAAUCAACGACAUGGUAAUGGAAGUUGAGGCCCUUGAAGAGGAACCUAAAAAAGUUCAGGAUAAAAACGUUAAAAAGGUUGUAUCUAAAGUAAUGAAAGACACGGUGAAAACUAGCAAAGAAUUGGUAUGGUCCAGUUCAGAUAAAGUAGAGUCCGAGAACAGCAUUGAAAAACAAAGACAUAAAAUGUUGGAACAAAUGAAGCUGACUAUUUUAGAACUUUUGACACAGGGAGCUAAACCUCAAUUAGUUCGUUGUCCACAGCCAGCAUUAGUCAUAGCAAUUUCUAGUAAUUGCCCUGAUUUGAUUAAACAUUUAGUUCAAUAUGGAGCUGAUGUUAAUGAAAUUUACCCACAGAUUCUUGGAUAUUCACCAUUAGAUAUCGCAGUUUCUAAACCGUUUACACUUGAAAAUUUAGAGAUCGUAAGAGUCUUACUAGAAAGUGGUGCCAAUGCUAAACGCUGCAUUUAUUAUGACGAUACUGACUCAUCAGAUAUAACUGUAUAUAAGCCACAUAAACUAGGUCCUACACUUCUACAUGCUGUGAUUGCUAGAAGGGCUGAAAACGAAAACGAGGAAGAGGUACGUCAACUGUUGCUAAAUCUAUUACUUGAUUACAACUGUGAUCCAACAUCACAAUUUAAAGGGCGAUCGGCUAUCGACUUAGUAAUGUCAACAAAUAUUGCACUUUUUGAUGUAUUUAUAAGGAAUCCUAAAACUGAUCUCAAUUGUAUUAUCAAUGAUAUAAAUCAGAAUGUGUUGGUAAAAAUGUUUUGGAUUCCUUUCUUUAAAAACGUACCUAACACAGAAAAAAUUCAAACCCUUACAAAUUUAUUGCUCUACGGUGCCGAUCCCCUUCUGCCUUGUCAAAACGGACAAGAAAGAUAUGAAAAUAUUUUCGUUUUUGCCAAGAAUUCAUUGUCCGAAUUAGAUAAUACUCAAGUGAAGGCCUCCAACCAAAAAGGUAAAAAGCCAGAUAAACCUAAAAAAGAUGAGAAAUUAACUACGAAAUCAGUAGGGAAGAUGGUUACUGAUGACAAAGAAGAUUAUAGACAAGCUAUUGAACUUGUUAAAGAAUGCGCAAGACUACUACAUAUCAGAUGGUUGCAAGGGAAAUUGGUUAAAGAGCUAAUUAGUAUAAUAGACAAAUUCAAACAUCGGCAAUGGAACAUGAUCCUGAUUGAAUGUAAAAGUAAGAAGCGUAUUGGUCUAUGGAUAACGCCACAUCGUUGUCUCGAAAUCUGGAAUAUUCUUGCAACAAAAAGGAAUAAGAUUUACAGGGAUCAAAGAAUCUUAAAACAUCUAUUGUCUAUAGUGACAUUUUUAGCAUGGCGAUUUUAUAGGCCCAAAAAUAAUGAAUUUAAAGCUAGUUCGAAGGUUACUGCUAUUGUUCGAGAUCUCGUUGAUAAAGAUGUUUUUUAUUUGCUUAAAGAAUAUAAAAGUACUCGUAAAGAUGCACCAGAUGAAAUGCAAUGGAAUUCCCAGUAUGUAAAGCCAGAGCUUGACAGAGAUAAUCAAAAGUUUUAUGUAUGCUUUGAGUGUACAUUACCAUUGAAUCAAGAUAAAGUAUUAUGCAAUAUUUGUAAAAUUGUGUCCUUUUGUUCGUAUGAAUGCAUGAAGGUGAAUAUAGAACGGAUUGGAUGCCAUCCCUGCAGUGAGGAUCUGAAAGCUAAAUAUUUCCAGAGCCCUAAUUAUAGUUUGCCAUCGAGCGCAGAUAGCCCGAGAAAUAAAAUAUAA